UGGGGCUGGCGGCGGAGGCGCGGGGCCUGCUCCGGCCGGCACCAUGGCCAAGACCGUGGCCUAUUUCUACGACCCCGACGUGGGCAACUUCCACUACGGGGCUGGGCACCCUAUGAAGCCUCAUCGCCUGGCAUUGACCCAUAGCCUGGUCCUGCACUACGGCCUCUAUAAGAAGAUGAUCGUCUUCAAGCCGUACCAGGCCUCCCAGCAUGACAUGUGCCGCUUCCACUCUGAGGACUACAUCGACUUCCUUCAGAGAGUCAGCCCCACCAAUAUGCAAGGCUUCACCAAGAGCCUUAAUGCCUUCAACGUGGGCGAUGACUGCCCCGUGUUCCCCGGGCUCUUUGAGUUCUGCUCCCGCUACACUGGCGCGUCUCUGCAAGGAGCAACUCAGCUUAACAACAAGAUCUGUGAUAUUGCCAUUAACUGGGCUGGUGGUCUGCACCAUGCCAAGAAGUUUGAGGCCUCUGGCUUCUGCUACGUCAAUGACAUUGUAAUUGGCAUCUUGGAGCUGCUCAAGUACCACCCCCGGGUGCUCUACAUUGACAUUGACAUCCACCACGGUGACGGCGUGCAGGAGGCCUUCUACCUCACCGACCGGGUCAUGACGGUGUCCUUCCACAAAUAUGGAAACUACUUCUUCCCUGGCACAGGUGACAUGUAUGAAGUGGGAGCAGAGAGUGGCCGCUACUACUGUCUGAACGUGCCCCUGCGGGAUGGCAUUGACGAUCAGAGUUACAAGCACCUUUUCCAGCCAGUUAUCAACCAGGUGGUGGACUUCUACCAGCCCACGUGCAUUGUGCUGCAGUGUGGAGCUGACUCCCUGGGCUGUGAUCGACUGGGCUGCUUCAACCUGAGCAUCCGAGGACAUGGAGAAUGUGUUGAGUAUGUCAAGAGCUUCAAUAUCCCUCUACUGGUGCUGGGUGGCGGCGGCUAUACUGUCCGAAACGUUGCCCGCUGCUGGACAUAUGAGACAUCGCUGCUGGUUGAAGAGGCCAUUAGUGAGGAGCUCCCCUACAGUGAAUACUUCGAGUACUUUGCCCCGGACUUCACGCUGCAUCCAGAUGUCAGCACCCGCAUCGAGAAUCAGAACUCACGCCAGUAUCUGGACCAGAUCCGCCAGACAAUCUUUGAAAACCUGAAGAUGCUGAACCACGCGCCCAGCGUGCAGAUUCAUGACGUGCCUGCAGACCUCCUGACCUACGACAGGACGGACGAGGCUGACGCGGAGGAGAGGGGUCCUGAGGAGAACUACAGCAGGCCAGAAGCGCCCAAUGAGUUCUAUGAUGGAGACCAUGACAAUGACAAGGAAAGCGACGUGGAGAUUUAAGAGCAUCUUUGGAUGCUGUGUCCUGAGGAAUUCCUUUUCACUCUUGGUUUGAUGGGAGGGAAAAGGCGUGACUCCCCUGGCCUUAUGACUAGCCAUCCCCAGAGCUUCUGUUAAUUCUGGAGAAGGAUUUGGAGACCACAUCUGGUUCUAGAACCAUCUACCCCCUUUUCUUCUCUGUUCUACAGCCUGACGAUGGUACCUGUUAGGGAUGCUGUAGGGACGGGAAUGGCUGUCUCUGGAACACUGUGGGCAGUGGGUCCUAGAGGCCAGUCCCCAGCCCUCUGGUCUCUUAUUUCUGCCCUGCUUCCCUCCAGCUCCGAGACUUCUACGGAUAAAGGGGUAGAUGGGACAUAGGUUGCCUCCGAGUCCUCCUCUCCUGAGUUUUCCUACUCCAGGCCUUGCUUACAAGGCAAGUGAAGAGUAAGGGAUUUUGGGGGACAUUGGUCUCCUAACACCAUAACCCCAGAUUAUCAGAACGAUGGUUUUGAGUAGGGGGAGGAUGUGAAAAUGUCCUGUUCUAACUUUUGGCUUUAUGUCCAUUUUACCACUGUUUUUAUCCAAUAAACCAAGUUGGUAUUUUUUCUA